AACAACCCCACAAUCCGUGGGUCUUUCUCUCUCUAAACAUUCAAGCCGAAGUUAGAGAGGGAGAGUGAGAGAGGAAGAGAAGAAGAAGAAGAAGAAGGCGGGAAGUGGACGGAGGAGCGAGAGUAGAUAGAGCUGGUUGUGCUUAUGGUGUAGCAAUUGGUGAAAUCUGCACUAUUGUAGGCUGAAAUUGAGGGUUCACUCUCUGUAUCUAAAGAUUGAAAAUGUCGAGGCCCCUCCAUCGAGGUGUUUCUGGUGGGGGGAGAUUCUCCGGUAAUGGCCAUGAGUUCUGCGAUGGCUCUCAGACGAAACACAAAACGGAGAAGGAAGAUGUGGUUAAAAAUCGUUUAUCUUCUGAUCACACGUACUUAUCAAUCAGAUUCCCUUUUCAGUUUCUUUUUCAGGAUAAUUCAUCUUCACAACACAGUUUAGCUGAAAAUGGUUUUGUAUCUGAUGCCUUUAGCACUGGAACUUUGAGAAGCCGGCAUAGAUUGAUAUUGCUUUUGCUCAAGUUCAGCUUAGUUGUUAUAGUAAUUCUGGCUCUUGCUGGAUCUUUUUGGUGGACGAUCUCAAUUACAAGCUCUUCAAGAGGUCAGAUAAUUGGUGGAUAUAGGCGCCUUCAGGAACAACUUGUAUCAGAUUUACAGGACAUUGGAGAGCUCUCCAUUGGUAGUGCAAGAUUAAAAGAAUUGGGAUAUUGUUCUCCAGAGUCUGAAAAUUUUGUGCCAUGCUCCAAUGUUAUGGAGAACCUGGCCUCUGGAUUCUACGAAGGCGAAGAGUAUUACCACCACUGUGGGCAUGGGUUGAGGCAAAAUUGCUUGGUUCUUCCACCUGUCAAUUACAAGCUUCCUCUUAGAUGGCCAACUGGAAGAGAUGUCAUCUGGUUUGCUAAUGUCAAAAUUACAGCACAGGAGGUGCUCGCUUCUGGGAGUUUGACCAAGAGGAUGAUGAUGUUAGAUGAAGAGCAGAUCUCAUUCCGUUCAGCAUCUCUUAUGUUUGAUGGUGUUGAGGACUACUCACAUCAAAUUGCAGAAAUGAUUGGGCUUAGAAAUGAAUCCAACUUUAUACAUGCUGGAGUUAGAACCAUCUUGGACAUAGGAUGUGGUUAUGGUAGCUUUGGAGCUCAUCUUUUCUCCAAGGAACUGCUAACUAUGUGUAUUGCAGAUUAUGAGGCUUCGGGCAGUCAAGUUCAACUAACUCUUGAAAGAGGUCUUCCUGCAAUGAUUGGUUCUUUUACUUCAAAACAGUUGCCAUAUCCAUCACUUUCAUUUGAUAUGAUACAUUGUGCACGAUGCGGCACUGACUGGGAUCAGAAAGAUGGUAUUUUACUUAUUGAAGCUGAUCGAGUACUGAGGCCUGGUGGGUACUUUGUCUGGACUUCACCACUUACUAACGCUCAGCGCUCACUUCGCAACAAAGAGAAUCAGAAAAAAUGGAAUUUUGUGCGUAACUUUGCUCAAAAUCUCUGCUGGGAUAUGCUGUCCCAACAAGAUGAAACUGUUGUGUGGAAAAAGACUACAAAAAUAGAUUGUUAUGCUUCUAGGAAACCUGGUUCUGGUCCUUCUACCUGCAGCAAGGGCAACGAUGUGGAGUCCCCAUAUUAUCGGCCACUCCAAGUAUGUAUAGGUGGAACUGAGAGUCGCCGAUGGAUUCCCAUUGAAGAAAGGGCAACCUGGCCUUCUAGAGCUAAACCAAAUUCAAAAGAACUUGCUAUUUAUGGUCUAAAUUCAGAAGACCUUGCUGAGGAUGCCGUAUCCUGGAGCUCAGCAGUCCGAAAUUAUUGGUCUCUGCUCUCCCCACUCAUUUUUUCAGAUCAUCCAAAACGACCUGGUGAUGAGGAUCCUUCUCCACCUUAUAACAUGUUGAGAAAUGUGAUAGACAUGAAUGCACGUUUUGGCGGCUUCAAUUCAGCUUUAUUAGAAGCUGGGAAAUCUGUGUGGAUAAUGAAUGUGGUCCCUGCAAAUGGGCCCAACUACCUUCCCUUAAUCCUCGACAGGGGAUUUGUUGGUGUGUUGCAUGACUGGUGUGAACCAUUUCCAACCUACCCGAGAACCUAUGAUCUGGUGCAUGGUGAAGGACUCUUAUCACUUGAAAUUGGUCAGCAGCGUAGAUGCACCCUGAUUGAUCUAUUCUCUGAGAUUGAUAGGUUACUUCGUCCGGAGGGAUGGGUGAUAUUACGUGACACAGUCUUUCACAUCGAAUCAGCUAGAGCUCUCACGACACAGUUAAAAUGGGAUGCCAGAGUUGUGGAGAUCGAGAGUAACAGUGACGAGAAACUCCUGGUCUGUCAGAAACCUGUCUUCAAGAGAGUAGCAAGCUAAUUAUAUGAAACAGUCCAAGGAAAGCCCAAGAAUGUAGAUGAUAGUAAUUCAUAUUCAAUUUGUGGAUCUAAACUAGUCAUAAAGUUCCACACCAACGGUGGACUUGGAAGUUUUGAACAGAAGAAGAAAGCAAAAACUGGAGGAAAAACAAGAUUCUGCUUGAAAAAAAAAAGGUCACAGCACAACUCCUAUGGAGCCGUAAGGCGUAAAUAGGGCCAUGUAAUUACUUUGAUUGAGGAAAAGGGAGAAAAAGUAUAGGAUACUUGAAUUUUCCUUGUGAUGUCUCAAUACAGCUCAUACGACCAUAUAAGGAAUUUACGUUGUUAAGAUUUUUACACAAUAAGCCAGUGUUAUUUGCUGUAGUAUAUAUAGAAUCAUUGGACUUGCACGUAUGGGGAGGAUUUGGUUUUUUUCCUUAAUUGUCUGUCACAGUUUUUUAACAUUUGAACAUUGGCAAUUUUUACCGUAGAAAGCACCACUUAAACAUGUUGG